AUGAUGUUCCCCGGAGGAAUUGGCCGUGAUGCGGCAUCGGCGGAAAAGUUGAAGAAAGAUGCAUCGAUGAAAGCCCAAGCCGAUUUCACGGCCUUCAUCUUAUUCGGAGUGGCCAUCGAAUUGUACCAGCAGGUUGAGAUUAUUCGUCGUUGUGAUAUGUAUCAAUUUCAGUUGCAUUUGGAUGUGUCUAUCUCGGUGGAUGGAACGACGUAUUGA